UUUCCGGCCGUUAGGCGGCUGCUUCCGGUUCGGUCCCGAGCGGCGUGUGCGGGCGAGGCGAGGCGAGGCCGGGCGAUGCGGCCGCUGACGGAGGAGGAGACGCGGGCGCUCUUCGAGAAGCUGGCCCGAUACGUGGGCGAGAACCUGCAGCUGCUGGUGGACCGGCCCGACGGCGCCUACUGCUUCCGCCUGCACAAGGACCGCGUCUAUUACCUCAGCGAGAGGAUCUUGAAGCUCGCCACAAAUAUUCCCCGGGAGAACCUGGUGGCACUGGGCACCUGCUUUGGCAAAUUCACCAAAACACAGAAGUUCCGGCUCCACAUCACUGCUCUGGAUUAUCUUGCUCCCUAUGCCAAGUACAAAGUGUGGGUAAAGCCUGGUGCAGAACAGUCCUUCCUUUAUGGAAACCACAUACUGAAGUCUGGCUUGGGGCGUAUUACGGAGAGCACAGCCCAGUACCAGGGAGUGGUGGUUUAUUCCAUGGCUGAUGUCCCACUGGGCUUUGGAGUGGCAGCCAAGUCCACUCAGGAGUGUCGGAAGGUGGAUCCCAUGGCCAUUGUUGUGUUUCAUCAAGCAGACAUUGGGGAGUACAUACGACAUGAGGAAACGCUGACUUAAAUGAAGGGGCAGGAGGCUUUGAGGACUUUUUGCCUGGGAUGGAAACCAGAGGAACUGACCCAAGUUGCCAACCAAUAUUUCCCCCUUUCCCUGCCUACCUUGGCUGUCGUGAUUGUGCAGUGUCUGUGAUGGGGGAAAAUAGAUUGCAGAUAGACCUGUAUGGUGUUAAUGCACGAGAUGGUACAAUGAAAACUAUGUCUGUCUAGGCAAGCGAGUUGCUGCCACUCUAACUUUUACACAGUAAAACUCUGUUUUAUA